GACGAUAAAACCCGCACUUCCCAGCUCUUCCGAGGGAUGACGCUAGAAUCAAAAGACAAAAAUCAUAUUUGGGGGGUCUCCAGCUCUGCCUGUGUCACAUGGAAGCACAGUAGCUGAGCCGAGGGGAUGCGAGUAGAGAUGGAGGGGGCUUGAGGGACUGUGGAGGAGAACCUGGCACUUGGAGAUAAUAUUGGAGAUACAACAGCGGCGGCGGCGGCGGAGGCAGCGGCAGUAGGAAAAGGCUUGUUGUUAAGACACUUCCCAGCCUUUCCCUUCUGGCUGGGGAGCAAGAGGAGCGCGGACAGGGGCGCACAAGGGGGUCAGCGGGCGCCAGAGGAUGCCACAUGCAAUAUGCUGCAUUCCCGUUUUCUGGAGCCCCAAGAAAGCCAAGUUAUCGCCUGUGAUUGAUUAUGCUCGCGGGGAGCGCCUGGUCCGAGUGGAAGCAGAAACUGAAGGAAGCGACCAGGGUUGACGCUGCGCCUCCCAAAAUCUGUGAGCUGAAUCCCAGUGAGACUGUGGCACUUCCCUGCGUGCAUGAGUGUAAGGGUGAGAGUGUGAGUGUGUGAGAGCAAGUGAGCGCCAGCGCUCCCACAUGGCCUCCAUGCAGGACGGGCUGAACUUCACGGCUCCUCCCUACGGCAAGGUCCUGCUGCUGGGUGCUAUCGCUGCUGCCUCAGCCUUUGUUGUUACGAUCCUCAUCGUGGUGCUCUGCGUGGGCUGCCAGAGGAAGGGAAAGACACACAAUGUUCCCGGCGAGGGUGGAAAACACCGUCUCAUGGACAUGGGUAUACUCAGGCAGUCGAAGCUGCGGUCCAUCAGUAAAUCAGACACUGAGAUGAACAAGAUGAACUGCAAUGGCAAAAGCAGGCAGCUUCCCCAGAUUCCCUCUGGGACUGGAGAGGACGGAGAGCACACUUACUCUGAAGUGGGGCGACGCUCUUCCACCUCACGUACUGACGAUGCCCUCUACGCCAUGGUAGGCAGGGCCGGGCAGACGGACACCCCGGCCCCUCCGGCCGUCCCCGCCAACACCCCGGCUCCACCAGACCCAGACGGGGACGUGGAAGGAGGGCUGCCCGAACCCGAGGCCCAGGUCAUGUCUCCGCCACACCCUCCGGAGACGGCUGAGUACGCUUGUGUCAGGAAGCUGAGGAAGGCCGACAAGGCGCCCCAAAAGAGGGACAGCGGGACGGAUAUGGGAGAGCCGCCGGCGCCACCGCCACGACACGCCCCGCCGUCACACCCCGCCCCUCCACCGCCACACCCUCACAGCACAAAGCUGCCCCGUAGAAACAUGGAGGCCUUCAACGUCCCCUCAUUCCCAAAGGAAGUGAUGUUUAUGGGCAACGGAGAGCAGUACAUCUGGAAGCCUCCAGAGGAUGAAGAAAUCGUCAUGCUCCAGAAUAAAGCCCUGGGCCCGUUGGCUGCUCACACAGUGGAGAACAUACAACCGUCUGCUGCUGUGGUGGCUGAGAUGUACUCAAAGGUGUGUAAACCAGGAAAGAAGAAGAGAGCUGUGCCGGGAUCUCCCCCAGCCAAUCCUGGCUUCCGGACCUUGGGUCGUGGUGACCGGGACCGAGACCGGGAUGGGGGGUUUAGUGUAGUGGUCAAACCCCAGACCUGGGCCCCUCAGGAGGGCAAAGCAAUGGGAGGGUCCCUUGACGACCACUGCUAUGAGUCCUUCGGGACAGAGGAGUGCGAUCUGGCCUAUGAGAACAUGGAAGGUGGAGGCGCCUGGAAGCGAGAGAGGCCCCCAAACACGUGUGCCACCCUGCGGCCGAGGAGGAAGAAAGGCCAGCAGCCCUUGCAGCAGCAGCAGCCCCCUCCGCCGCCGCCGACGCAGCAAACCCCCAAGUUACAGCACCUGCCUGCCAAAGCCCUGCUGCUACCGGGGGAGAACCUGUACGAGAGCAUCGGCGACCUGAAGCAGGGCUCCGCCACCUCCAGCACCACCACCAUCUUCACUUUCAACGAUGGCAUGGAGAUGUAUGUAACAGGGCUCUGAGGCGGCUGCUGCACUGUGACCCCUACCCUUCCAACACAAGGAGCUGAGCUAACACCACAAGGAGUGACGGCUGAGCCCCUGUCAUGCUCACCCACACAUACUGUUUACAUUCAAGUCAUGCCUUUCACAGGCUCCAGAGGCCUUGGGGCAAUAAUGCUGAUCUGUUAUGACCUGGGCUGAAUACAAAGUCCAAUCUAUAAACCUUAUAAGGAAUCCAAAGGUAGUGAAUAAUAAAUGAGCACAAGACCAUUGCAGAGCAAUCUGUAGGUAACAGUAGCACUAUUUUACUGAUACAUAUGUGCAAAGCACAAUAAAGUGAUGAGUUCUUCCUCAAUUCUAGCGGGUAAAAGUAGUCGUUUAUCUGGUCCGAGCAGGACUCUUAUUUGGGGAAAAGGCACAGCAUUGUGUGAAAUCUUUUGGUAGCACUUAGUCUGUCGUGAACAGGCCUUCCCUGUAGUUGGUCAAGAUGUGAUUCAGGACGGAAUUUAAAUGAUAUAAAGGAAUGAAUUACUAAUCAAAAUACUUGAAAGCUCAGGGACCAAGAGAAAAAAAUUAUGAGAGUAUUAUAACAAAAUUGCACACAUUUUGCAUUCCUCCUAAAAGCUUCGACUAAUUUAGACCAUUUCCAUUUAAAAACUGACCAGAUACUUCCCUCCGUCAUGUUUUGUUUCAUCUUACAUGGACUGAACACUGUCUCCACUGCCGUCUGUAAAUGAAGUGUUUUACUUUGUUGAUCCUGUUUCUGCACUUUGCCUGCUACAAGUUGCAUGCUAAAAAUGUGAAAAAAAAAACACAAAAAAUCAAGCACUGUCAUGUGGUACCUAUAUGAAUGUUUUUUUUUUUAUUUUCUAUUGUUGUUGGUUGUUUUUUUUGUUUUCUUUUUUAGUGUGUUGCUUUAUUUCUCUGUAGAGCAUAAUGCCAGUUAGAUUAAGGAUGUCUUUGGCUCAGUGGGACUCUGUGCUGCAGGGAGGAGAGUUAAUUUUCUCUCCUCCGACGUCUGCAACGCACACACAGUACAGAUGAAACAAGACUAAAGAGAACUGCCCGAGUCCUAAAGGUGGAGACAGUCCACUCAA